AUGGAAGGAAAGGAAGAGUCAUGCGUUUACAAGAACCCAGACGCGCCUGUGGAGGCGCGUGUUCAAGACCUUCUCUCUCGGAUGACUUUACCUGAGAAGGUCGGACAAAUGACUCAGAUCGAACGAGUCGUCACUACUCAUCCCGUCAUUACAGAUUUCUUCAUUGGUAGUGUACUCAAUGGCGGAGGAAGUUGGCCGUUUGAGGACGCUAAAACGUCGGAUUGGGCUGAUAUGAUCGACGGUUACCAAAACGCUGCGUUAGCGUCGCGUUUGGGAAUCCCGAUAAUCUACGGCAUCGACGCCGUCCACGGCAACAACAACGUCUACGGAGCCACCAUCUUCCCUCACAACAUCGGUCUCGGAGCCACCAGAGAUGCAGAUUUGAUCAGAAGAAUUGGGGCUGCAACUGCACUUGAAGUAAGGGCUAGUGGCGCUCACUGGACGUUUGCUCCCUGCGUGGCCGCUUUGAGAGAUGUUAGAUGGGGGAGAUGCUAUGAGUGUUACAGUGAAGAUCCUCAAAUUGUUUGCGAGCUGACUACGCUUGUCUCGGGCCUACAGGGCGAGCCACCCAAAGAACACUAA